CGUGCGACGGUGGGGAUCCCGAGCGCGGCAAGAGCGGCAGAACCGAAGGGACACUCUAGCGAGUUGCUGGCUUCGUCGAUAGCCCUAGGAGCUCGUGGAGGCCACAACGCCGAGAGCCUCGCGCACUAUCAGAAAUCCUGGUGCUCUGCAUUGCCGUGGUUCCAUUUGAUUGCUUCUCUCGUGAGAAGCUGCUUCCGAGUCCACCUACACAGCGCGACGAUCGACCUUGAAGCAGCCAUGGCGAUGAGCACACGCUUUGCCGGGCACCUUCUUCGCCGGUGCACUCCUGGCGCCUUGCAGACCUGUCGAGCCUUCUCUGCCGUUGCGCCCCAGGAGUCCCAACAGCCGCAGGAACCUCGCCAUCAAUUUACUCCUUCUUCAGUCGAUCCUGAGAAGGCUGCAGAAACUAAGGACUCUAAGGACUGGAGUGCAGUUCUGGAUCACAGCGUCAAUACCUUAUUUCUGUCGGAGAUGGCCAGAGGCAUGGGUUUGGCACUCAAAUAUUUUUUCGAGAAGAAAGUCACAAUCAAUUAUCCCUUCGAGAAGGGUCCUUUGAGUCCUCGUUUCAGAGGGGAGCAUGCUCUGCGUCGGUAUCCUACCGGUGAAGAACGGUGCAUUGCUUGCAAGCUAUGUGAGGCGGUCUGUCCUGCUCAGGCUAUCACUAUUGAAGCAGAAGAGCGUGAAGAUGGUAGUCGUCGAACCACCAGAUAUGAUAUUGACAUGACUAAAUGCAUCUACUGCGGCUUUUGCCAAGAAGCUUGCCCUGUGGACGCUAUUGUGGAAGGUCCUAACUUUGAGUUCACCACGGAGACUCAUGAGGAAUUGUUGUAUGACAAGGAGAAGCUUCUUGAAAACGGUGACCGCUGGGAAACAGAGAUAGCUGAAAACCUUCGAUCUGAAAGUCUCUACCGCUGAGUGGCAUCCCUGCUGAUGCCUUUGCAGCUCAAUAUACAGCGCUGUCCACAUCUCGGGCGCUUGUGCAGGAAUGUGAAGUAUGAAAAGGUCGAGGGUCUGAGUUUCUGGAAGCUUGGGCCACUGAAUCGUCCCUGUUCCAUACGUAGACGGCUGAAUUUAGAUCUGCUAUCUAAAAUCCCUAUACUGCAGCAUUGAGUAUGUAAUCAGGGUUCCUGAGUUCCAUUCAGCUUCAAUUUGCUUUUUCCCAAGUGGGUUCAGUUCAAGGUCAUGUUAGACCUUUAUACCAGUAGUCAAGUGAAAGUUGAAGCUUAGCCUACAUUUGUUAGGUUGUCAAUCUUAUGGGUAUUGUAAGGAUUAGAACAUGCUUACCUUUUUGGGCAGAGUAUUGUCUGAUUUGAAAUCCACGUGAUUCUGAUCGUUACAGGAUCUCGACUAGAAAUUCUCAUUUUAGUUCCAGGUCUUGCAUUGGUACAUCACGCCCUUAACAAAUAACGUGACUGAUUAUUAAAGAU